AUGGCGGACCAAGAGGAGACUUUUGGCCUUCAAAACUCGCCCGGUGGCUCGGAUUCAAGGGAAUUACCGAGCGAUAAUAAAUCAGAGAAACAGAACGGGACCUCAAGCAAAUCCCCAUCGUCACAGACGACUUACAUUCAACAGGGAAUGGAGGGAAUCAAAGUCUACCUGCACGAGAGGGAACUCUGGACAAAGUUUCACGAGGUGGGAACGGAGAUGAUCAUCACCAAAGCCGGAAGGCGAAUGUUCCCCAGCUUCAAAGUGAAGGUCACGGGAUUAAACCCCAAAACUAAAUACAUUCUCCUGAUGGACGUCGUUCCUGCGGACGAUCAUCGAUACAAAUUCGCUGAUAAUAAAUGGUCUGUGACCGGGAAGGCUGAGCCCGCCAUGCCAGGCAGGCUCUACGUUCACCCGGAUUCUCCGGCCACGGGGGCGCACUGGAUGAGGCAGCUCGUCUCCUUCCAGAAGCUGAAGCUGACCAACAACCACCUGGACCCGUUCGGACACAUCAUCCUGAACUCGAUGCACAAGUACCAGCCGCGCAUCCACAUCGUGAAGGCAGAUGAAAACAACGGCUUCGGCUCCAAGAACACGGCCUUCUGCACCCACGUCUUCCCCGAGACAGCCUUCAUUGCGGUCACGUCCUAUCAGAACCAUAAAAUAACGCAGCUGAAGAUUGAGAACAAUCCAUUCGCAAAAGGCUUUCGUGGGAGUGAUGACAUGGAACUGCACCGGAUGUCCAGAAUGCAAAGUACCAAGGAGUAUCCAGUCGUGCCUCGCAGUACAGUGCGCCAGAGGGUGGGCUCCAGCCAGAGUCCGUUCAGUGGGGAGGUCCAGGGCAUGGCCACCCCGAGCACCCUGAGCUCCCAGUACUCCCAGUGUGAGAACGGGGUCACGAGCACCUCGCAGGACAUGCUGCCUCAGUCGGGCUCGUACCCCCUGCCUCACGAGCACGGCCAGGAGUACCACUGCAUCAAGAGGAAAGUGGAGGACGACUGUCACUCAGGUGAGCACAGCUAUAAGAAGGCCUAUCUGGAGAGCUCAUCCAGUGAGGAGGACCAUUACUACCGUCCUGUUGGCUACGCCCAGAGCCUCGGCCUGGCCGGCGGGCCCUACCGCAGUGAAUCCAGCCAGCGGCAGGCCUGCAUGUAUGCCAGCGCCUCGCAGGGCGCCGAGCCUGUUCCUAGUUUGGAGGACAUCAGCUGCAACACUUGGGCCAGCGUUUCACCCUACGGGAGUUGCUCUGUCACCACCAUGCAGCCGAUGGAGCGGCUGCCCUACCAGCACUUCUCCGCUCACUUCACCUCGGGGUCUCUGGUGUCCAGACUCGGCGGGGUCGGGGGCCACGCCUCUCCGCAGCUGGGCGAUGGCCACCACGCCGCCAUGUACCAGAGCUCCAUGGCCCACCAAACUCUGGGCCGCCAGUGCAGCCCUGGGGCUGGGAUCCAGUCGCCAACAGCUGGCCUACAGGGAAACGAGUACCUCUAUACGCACGGCAUACCACGUACGCUAUCACCACACCAGUACCAUACUGUACAUAGUGUCAGCAUCAUGCCAGAGUGGAACGAGAACAGCUAA